AUGUUUUUUGGGGUGGUUUCAGCAGUUUUGGGGUGUUUUGUUUCUCGCAGCCAGCACCCCGAGGCCCCGCAGCGCCUGCCCCGGGGGUGGUUUUGGGCCAGCACCCCCGAGGCCCCGCAGCGCCUGCCCCGCGUGCUGCAGCGCCUGCAGGAGCUGGGGCUGGCCCAGCGCUGCCUGCCCGUGCCCGCCCGGCCCGCGAGCCAGCGCCAGCUGCGCGCCUGCCACACGCGCGCUCACGUGCGGGCUCUGUCGCGGGUGCCGGCGCUGUCGCCGCGGGCGCUGCGGGCGCUGUCGCAGCGCUACCCCAGCGUGUUCCUGUGCCCGCGCUCCUUCGCCUGCGCCCGCCUGGCCGCGGGCGGCGCGGCUGCCGCGGCGGGGGCCGUGCUGCGGGGACAGGUGGGUCUGGGGACACGGGGGGACAGGGGGGGACACGGGGGGACAGGGGGGACGGGGGGGACAGGGGCCGUGCUGCGGGGACAGGUGCGCUCGGCGCUGGCCGUGCUGCGCCCCCCCGGGCACCACGCCCGCCCGGGCUCUGCCGGGGGCUUCUGCCUCUUCAACAACGCGGCCGUGGCGGCGCGGCACGCGCAGCGCCUGGCGGGGACCCCCCUCAGGGUGCUGAUCCUGGACUGGGACAUCCACCACGGCAACGGCACCCAGGAGAUCUUCGAGGAGGACCCCAGUGUCCUGUACGUGUCCCUGCACCGCCACGACGGCUCCUUCUUCCCGGGGGGCCCCGGGGGGGUCCCCGCGGCGCCGGGGGGCGGGGGGCGCGGCCGCGGCUUCACCCUGAACGUGGCCUGGGGGGGGCCGCGCGUCGGGGACCCCGAGUACCUGGCGGCGCUGGCCCGGCUCGUGCUGCCCGUGGCCUGCCAGUUCGGGCCGGAGCUGGUGCUGGUGUCGGCCGGGUUCGACGCGGGCCGGGGGGACCCCCUGGGGGGGGUGCCUGGUGUCCCCCCCAGACCUUCGGCCUCAUGACCCACCUGCUUGGGGGGCUGGCGGGGGGGCGCCUGCUGCUGCUGCUCGAGGGCGGGUACAACCUGGCGGUGACAGCGGAGGGGGUGGGGGCAGUGCCUGGGGGUCCUGCUCGGGGGACCCCCCCCACGCUGCCCCCCCCCCGGGACCCCCCCAGCCCGCGGCGCUGCGGGCCCUGGGCCGGACCCUGCGAGCCCAGCGGGGCUGCUGGAGCUGCCUGCGCCUGCCCCGCCUUGAGCCCCCCCCGGAGACCCCCAAGGAGGGGGAGGGCAGCGAUGACGUCACGUCGGCCGCCGAUGACGUCACGGGGUCUCCCCCCCUGGACGCCGCCAUUCGCCGCUUGGGGGCGCUGCAGCUCGGGGACGCCCCGGGGGGCGGGGCCAAGGCUGGGCUGGGGGCGGGGCCAGACACAGGCCCCGCCCCCGAGGCCGCUGCUGCCCCCUGCUGGGAGGAGGAGGAGGAGCUGGAGG